AUGUUUUCCUCCCGGAAACAUGACGACCAGCCGUCGUAUCCCGUGGUCCCGCCCUCUCUACGCUCUGAUCCAUAUGAGACUCUGGAUCAUCCGAAAACCCCCGAUAAUCGUCCAGUUACCCAUUCUAAACUCACUCCAUACCUCGGGAUUCGGUCUCAGAUGUCGCAAAUCUGGAUCAAUCGUUGGACUAUUCUUCUUCUCCUCGUCAUGGUCCGCGUCAUCAUUCUCAUUGCCCAGCUCAACGACAAGGUUGAAUCCGCCAAGGCAAAGGCCCUCGCUGCCUGUGGCAAAGUCGAAGAUGUCGGAAGUGCCAUGGCAUCGAUGCCUCACUACCUGUCCGCCGGCGUGAAUUCAAUGGCGGCCAAGGGCAUGGAAGAGGCUGUACACGGAAUGAUCACAAUACUGGAUCUCAUCUUUCAAGCUGUUCCUGUUAUGAUCGUCUUCUACAUCAACUUCCUGGUAGGCACCUACGCUUGUCUGAUCACUGCUAUGGUGCAUGGCGCUUUGGAUGUUGUAGCAUCGGUCGCCAAGGAUGCUACCAAGGUCUUCAACGACGUGGUUGAUGGCGCCACAAAGGAAAUCAAAGCGCUCUCUAGCGACUUAGAGAAUGCCAUCAACAAGGUCACAGGCGGUAUCCAGAAAUCUAUUUUUGGAAAGAUCAUUCCCGACAUCCCCAAAGUUGACUUGACAGGGCCACUUGACAAGCUCAAGGGAUUCGAUAUCAAACCGGACGACUUCGUCAAAGAUGUGCAACAACUCAACAAGGAUCUUCCUACAUUCGAUGAUGUCCAAAACAUCACCACCCAAGCUGUGUCGUUUCCAUUCAAGCUGGUCCGCGAAGCCCUCAAUAAGACGUACGGAGAUUGGCACUUCAAGAAGGACCUCUUUCCACUAGCCCAGAAGAAGAAGAUGACGUUUUGCUCCGACAACGACACACUGAACGGAUUCUUCCAGAAGCUCUUCAAUCUCAUUCACAAAGCCCAGGUCAUUUUCCUGGUGAGUCUCGGCUUUCUCGCCGUUCUCGCCAUGGCGCCGAUGGCUGCGUUUGAGAUGUAUCGCUGGAAACGCCGACAGAAGCAUUGCGACCUUAUCGAAAGGAACCGAGCCGACACAAUGGACGUUGCCUAUAUUGCAUCGCGGCCUCUGACUGCUCAAGUUGGUGUUAGUCUUAGUUCGCGUUUGCAGGGAGACAGAAAAAUCCUAAUGCGGUGGUGCGUCGCGUAUGCUACCUCCCCUUCGGCGCUUUUCGUCCUGUCCCUUGCGCUUGCUGGUUUCUUUUCUUGCUUCUGCCAGUUCAUCUUGAUCAAGGCUGUACAGAAGGAAGUUCCCGAAAUCACUGCAAAGAUUGGCGAAUUUGCUGAUGAAGUGGUCAAGACUUUGGAGGAAGUAUCAUAUGGCUGGGCCAAGGAUGCGAACGGUGUUAUCACUGGUUUCAACGACGAUAUCAAUAAGGACGUUUUGGGAUACGUGACAAACGCCACCGACGCCGUCAACAGCACCAUCAACUUGUUUAUGGAUACAUUGAACACGGGUCUUGAGACUGUGUUCAAUGGUACGAUUCUUCUUGCACCGAUCAAGUCCGUCCUUCACUGUGUUAUUGGUAUGAAGGUUGAAGGCGUCCAGAAAGGGUUGACGUGGGUGCAUGACCAUGCACACGUCAACUUCCCCAAGUUCCCCAACGACGUAUUCAGCCUGGGCGCCAACGAAUCCGUUUCCGGCGACAGUGACCUCCGCAGCUUUCUUGCAUCGCCCUCUUCUGUGACCACUGAUGAAGUGAGCGGCGCAGUCAGUCAUGUGGUCAACUGGCUUCUCAAAAGCGUCGUUCAGGAGCUGCUGAUUUCGAGCGGUAUUAUGCUCGUUUACGUCAUUGUUGUCCUAAUUGGUGUUGUGCGCACACUGAUAGGCAUGGCAACUGCUGGCAAAGGAGAGUCGCAAGAAGAUAUGCGCUAUAUAGAACAAGAUCAGCCUCCCCCCCCAUCUCCACCAAGCAUCGGUGCUGGCCACGGCAAAUUUGCAGACUCUGAGGACCAGGGUGCUCGAUGGAGGUCGGUGCCGCUGCAUGAGAAGAGCGAACCAUACGGGCGGUACGGACAGGGAAACUCUUACUAG